AGGACUGAGCGGGGGGAGAGACACCUGCUGGUCAAAAGCCUCCGCUGCCGCUGAUGAGACUGAAGAAGCUGGCAACACGCGCGCGCGCGCGCGUACGCUUGGACGGCGGAGUGAUUCGUCUUUCGUACUUGACUUCACACUUGAAGUGAAUUGAGACCCAUUCGGAACCGCCCAUUGAGGAGUUAGCGAAUAAAAUGGGGAUGUUUUCCGUCCAAACUAAAGUCACGGAGCAAACGCCGCUUCUCCAGCUAGCUAGCUAGCUAGCUUCAGCCGUUAGCUGCGGCAGCAGCAACAACGCGCAGACGGAGACGCGGGCAGAACACACGCGACAACACGUGCACCGACUGUGACGCGGGGGAGCAGGGCAGAGCACGGCGUUCGACGUCACUCACCGCCUCUCUCUCGGUCAAGUCUGCAGUGUUUGGACUGUAGCUUCCCUUCCUAUUUAAACAACCAGACAAUCGAGGAAAACAAGUCGAUAACACACUGACGGCAGAGAAGAGUAUGGCUUUACUUUGAUGGAAUAUUCCCCAAAGUUGGCUCGUCACAAACGCCUUCAAUAGGUCGCUGUCGCCCCCCAGUGGUGUAAAGCGCCGUCCUCGGGGUUCGAUUAAUCUCGCCUGCGCACCUCCACCUGCUCCGCCAUGUCCUCCAUCAGAGAGAGAGCUGCGGCGCUCAACCUCGCCGAGAAACUCCGCGCUCGACCUCAGCCCCCAGGCGCGGCCGUGAGCUCCGUGCGCUUCACCUGCCUGUGGAACGAGCUGCUGUCUCACCUGAGGACUUCUCUCACCGCCAAACGCCAUCGAGUCUUGCUCAGGUCCCACAGCGACUGCUUCCCGGGGUCAGAGGUCAUGGACGAGGUGGUGUCGCACGUGGCCAGAGAGUUUCAAGGAGCGGCGCUCCCUCGUGAAGCGCUGGCCUGUGUGUGUCAGGCUCUGCUGGACUGUCGCGUCUUGGAGUCCGUCACCACCAAAGUGUUUGGCAGAGACAAGAAGGUUUUCCAGGACAGCAAGUCAGCGCUGUACAGGUUCCUGGGGGAUCACGCUCUGUCGGUGGACAGUCUGGAUGGAGGGCUUCUGGAGGUCCAGAAGCUCUUCAGGACGCUUUCAGCUGGGAGGUCACGCGACGAGUCCUGCGCGCAGGUCCGUGCCCCUCAAGUGUCCCCUGAAGUCCCCCUGCAGGACACCCUGGUGGAGAGUCGGAGUCCAGGCAGUCUGUCCGAGUCCUGUGUUGGGAACACGGCGCCUCCGUCCGGAGACACGUCCCCACUCGUGACUCGGAGGACCGAACAGGUCUCCCUCUCCUCAGUGGCAGAGGAGACCUGGCAGGAGCAGACUCUGCUGCGGCUGCUGAGCCUGGUGGAGCUCCCCCUGUUGGAGGGGGUGCUGCAGUGCACCCAGGCCUCAGGCCCCUCCUCCGUCUGGCAGAGGAACCCUGAGGUGGUGCCCGGCGGCAGCGCUCUGGACCGACGGGUCCUCCAGGCCUUCAGGGAGUCCCAGGCCGACGCCUGGCUGUGUGCGGCGCUGGACCUGCUGGACUUCCUCCCCGACCACAGCGUGGCCAAGCUGAGUGCAGCGCUGCCGUCAUGCUUCCCUCCAGAGGAGCGCGAUGGCUCCGCCCACCUAGCUCACUGUAAGACGCUGGUCUUCGGGCUCCUGGUCAGACACUACGACGGCGUCAAGCGAGCGCCGCUGCUGCCGCGCCUCAUGGCCGACGUCUACGCAGCCAUCACCGACCUGCUGGUGAAGGCCAAGCCGGACUCUGCGCUGGAAGCUCUGCAGCUGUGUCUGAAGCUGCUGCCACCUGGCUGCAGGGAGGAGCUGCGCAGGCUGCUGACCUUCAUGGCCCUGGCCGCCGAUGCUGGAGAGGUCCGACUGGACAAGGAGGUGGAGAACAGACUGACGGUGAAGCGAUGUUUCUCCAGAGCCAUUCUUCACAGCGGCAGUCUGUCCAGAGAGAAGGAGGAGCUGAUGGUGAUGUUCAUGCUCAGCAACAUCCAGGACAUCUUCAAGGUCCCCGCAGAGCUGCACAAACAGGUGAGCGACAAACUGCAGGACGUCGUCCGGGAGAAGCAGCCGCGUCCCGCUGGCUCAGACAAGACCUACGUGGACUCCACCCGGCGGGAACUCUGGGCUCUGCUCAGCAGCAUCCACCGGGACACCUCCAGGUCCAGCAAGGAGAGGAAGCGGCUGCUGGGGAGCUUCCGCCAGGCGCACCCCGAGCUCUUCAGCCAGUACUUUGGGGACGCAGCGUCUGGGCUCCUCUAGAGUCAGUGAGCAGCUCCACUCCUGGUGUUUCUGCAUCCCCGAGCUGAACUGCUCAACUGGCUGGCCGUG